CAGACCAACCCGUCCACAUGUCCACGAGCUCAGCACCUGCCGACAGGUCUACUGCAUUUAUCGGCCGGGCGGCGCAUCUAGGUACCCACCUACCACAAUGGGGCCCACCUGUCCAAAGCUUUUAAACGUUUUUACUUGUUAGCUUAUUCCACCAGGGGCGAACGACACGGCCGACCACUCGUAAAUUUAGACGUAGCUUCCGUUUUCAACUGAUGGACCUUUAUCCCAACUCGAACUACAGGAGUCCUGACCUUCUAUUUUUUUGUCGUCCAUCUUGAUUUUUAUAUUUGUACACCAUAAAUAUCAGAUCUAUCUCUCACUAAUAAACUGAGUGGCGAAGUACUAAAUAGUCCCUUUGCUUGUACCCUGUCAGCGUCGUCAUUUCUGCGGGGAUGCCCUUAGCCAAUCGAUUAGACCAGUAAUGCUGUUUGGUGAUUUAGCUUGGCUGAUUCGAUCUUCGCGUAUAAUUUAUUUGCGUCUUGUCUUUUUCCUUCAUGUAUGUUCACUAAAGGAUGAAUCGUUUUCGUAGUACAAUCAUAUGAAGCCUUUGAAGAUUGGAUCUAAAGCCAAUCAUUACUUUUAUAUAUUAGAAAUUAAAGCAUUGAUAUUGAAUGAGAAGACGCGCGCUUUUCCAUCUGAUUUUGUACAGCCAAACAAUCAAUCAGGCACAUCAGUCCAUCAGUACAAUAGUCCAAGAACCAGUGACGAAGACAAGAAGACUGACGACGAAGUAAACGCUUACUGCUGUUUUGUCUGGGCGACGUGGGCCGUAAGAAGUACUGUG